AUGGGUCAGAUCUUGGGUGAACAAGUGGUCACUCGCUCGUUCCCCAUCGCCUCUCUGACCAAGGAGAAGAGGAUCUCAGUCACUAUACCCAUGGACCAGUUUGUCCAGGAGGGGCUGCAGCUACGCUCCUGCACCUUCCAGCUAAUGAAGAUUGCGUUUGAUGAGGAGGUUGCGUCAGACCUGGCCGAGGUUUUCAGGAAGCACAUGCACAAGCUGCGGUAUCCUCAGCACGUCCAGGGCACGUUUGCCUUUACUGUGGGUCAAUGUGGGAAAAUGGUGGUGGAGCACAAGACCAAGGACAAGAACCAGUCGCUCAGGACACUUUCCAAGAACCUGGUGAAAAGUGCCAAAAGGACUAUAGGUCGGCAGUAUGUGACCAGGAAGAAGUAUUCUCCUCCCACCUGGGAGAACAGGAGCAGCUUCCAGUCAGAGCUGGAUGAAGAUGAAAUCUCAGUCUCGGAAGAGGUGGACCAGCAGAGCUCGCUCACCCUCUCCUCGACCAUCCGCUCGUCCGACAGACAGACCAUGAGCAACGUGGUGGAGCGAGCGUGUUGUCGAGACUACCAGCGCCUGGGUCUGGGUACACUCAGUAACAGCCUGACGCGCUCGAAUAACGAGCCCUUCAGGAUUUCAACUGUUAACCGCAUGUACGCCGUCUGCAGGAGCUACCCCGGCCUGCUGAUAGUGCCUCAGAGUAUCCCAGACUCGACCAUCCACAGAAUCUGCCGCUGCUACCGUCAGAACCGCUUCCCAGUGGUUUGCUGGAGGAAUUCAAGAACCAAGGCCGUCCUGCUGCGCUCCGCAGGCCUCCACGCUAAGGGUGUCGUGGGCUUCUUCAAGUCCCCCAACACCCCGACUGCAGUUCCCUCCCAGGCAGAGUCCACCAGUCUGGAGCAGGAGAAAUACCUGCAGGCCAUCAUCAGCUCCAUGCCUUCAUAUAGUGAAAGCAGCGGCAGGAACACACUCAGCGGAUUCACCUCCACACAUAUGAGCACCUCAGACUCAUCAGAUAAGCUGAGGCCGCCUAAGAUCGGCGCUCUGAUGAAGCAGGUGAUGGGAACCAAGGAAGAUGUUCCUGGAACCUUCAGCAGAGGAGCUCUGGGUCAAAGGGCGAAAGUCAUCUCCCUCUCUCAGCCCAAAGUGUCUGGCAAGGCCAGGAACCCUCCUAGAGGUAAAUGGGGCAGUAUCCGAGGCAGCGGGCGUCUAAGUGCCUAUAACCCAGACGUGGGGACGCGUCUGGCUGGAAAAGAGUCUCCGCAGCCCAAUGGAGGUCCAAGCGAAGCGUUGUUCCUGCGCCAGCAGAAGGCCUUCCUCUACAUCAUCGGAGACAAGGCCCAGCUCAAGGGAGGGAAGCAGGACUCGUUCCAGCAGUGGGAGGUGGUUCCCAUCGAGGUGUGUGACGUGCGGCAGGUGAAGAACAGCUUUAAGAAGUUGAUGAAAGCCUGCGUGCCGAGCUCCCAGACCUUAGACCCCAACAUGAGCUUCCUGCGGUGCCUGGAAGAGUCUGAGUGGAUGACUCUGUUGCACAGGGUGCUGCAGGUGUCCGUCCUGGUGGUGGAACUCCUGGAUACAGGCUCAUCGGUCAUGGUCAGCCUGGAGGACGGCUGGGACGUAACCACACAGGUGGUGUCCCUGGUGCAGCUGCUGUCCGACCCCUACUACAGAACCUUUGACGGCUUCCGGCUGCUAGUGGAAAAGGAGUGGCUGUCGUUCGGCCACAAGUUCAGCCAACGUGGAGCUCAGACGCUGGGCAGCCAGAGCAGCGGCUUCACUCCCGUAUUCCUGCAGUUCCUCGACUGCGUGCACCAGAUCCACCUCCAGUUCCCCAUGGAGUUUGAGUUCAGUCAGUACUACCUGAAGUUCUUGGCCUACCACUACGUGUCCAACCGCUUCCGCACCUUCCUGCUCGACUCAGACUACGAACGCAUCGAGCUGG